CACACCCCUAGGUUUCCUUUUCUGGUUUUCCAUCACCAUUGAGGAGGAGAGUCCACUAGGGUUUGCAGACACUAUGGGCCGAGUAACUAACCUUUCACCAUAAUAGAAUCGUAGAAAGCGGGAAUGAAGUUCAAAUGCGAUUUCCCGCCACAACUGCGAUCUGCCGCGAUAAUAUAAGUUAGAGUGAAGUUGUAAACCCUAGAUUCGUCAAAUCAAAGAAAUGGCUGGACAAUCCGACCCUCAUCUAUCAAUCUUCUCUGCUGCUGAGGUGGAAUUUCUCGCUGAAGAUGAAUUGGUGGAGAUUAUUCCUAACAUGACCAUGGAUUCUCUGAAUUUUAUUUGUGGUGAUUUUGGUCCUUUUUCCCCGCAUAUUCCGACUGAAGUACCAAUUUGGCUGGCUAUGGCUUUAAAAAAGAGGGGAAAAUGCGCGAUUCGGCCACCAAAUUGGAUGUCGCUUGAACAUCUGACUCAAGUUUUGGAAGCAGAACGUGAUUCCCGAAGAGAAUUUCAGCCGCUCCCCUUUCAUUAUGUGGAAAUCUCGAGGCUUCUUUUUGACCAUGCUCGUGAUGAUAUCCCAGAUGUACACAUGGUAAGAACUCUGGUUGAGGACAUUAGGGAUGUAAGGUUUCAUAAAGUAGAGUCUGGAUUCGAGACAAUUGGUUCUCGUACACAUGCAGUCAAGCUAAAAAAUCUAUCUGCAAUGGAAGUGAAUAUUGUGCGUCCAUUCUUUGUAAGAGCCCUGCAAGCUUUCUACAAGCAUGAUAGUCCGCAGAUGAUACCUCAGCCAGAUACUGCUAGUAGACGGACAGAUGUAGGCGAUCGACCAAGACGGGAUCUGAGACCUCGAUAAACAUAUUAUUACCAUCUCAUCAUUAUAUCAUCCCUGAUCUCCUCUAUUACUAGUAUUUGGCCUUCUCCAAUCAGAUGAAUUUGGCAGUGAGUAGUGAGGAAGGUAGCCUGUUUCAUUUCCUUAUUGUAACUUCAUACUUGUAGUGAGUGAAAUACCAGUUUUGACUAUCCGCCGAACUCUUAAAGGAAUCUUAUAGAGAACACUAUUGUACCCUGUCUCUAUCAUAAUGGGAUUUCUCAUUUAACUCUAAGCACCUUUGUAUCUGCAAGAAUACAUUGAUUCGAUACAAGA